ACUUACGCUAUUACCAAAAAAUCUAACGGUAACCUUUAAGGAUUAAUAUUUUCAAAAUUAGUAUACAACGUUAAAUUUUUUAUUCAAAAUACUAAUGUUAAUCGAAAAUGGUACCAAUCUGAAGAUAUUUACAUUUUGUUAAAUGUAUCAAAUGACCCGCCAAGGCUAAAAGCCUAAAAUGAAAAUAUAUAUGUUGGCUUGCACAAGGAUCAAUCCGGCCGGCAAGGCUAAAAUGACCCGCCAAAGGCCCAACCGCCCAAAAGUACCUCUCGAUCAGAGUCCCCCUCCUCCCAUGGCCGCCUCGCUCCGGAAUGCGGGUUCCCGUUUUCAACUCCCCAGACUCCGCUCAUUCUCUUCGUCGGCCGCCGCGACACCGCGUGCCCGGAAUUUCUUCUCCGACGACAUCAACGGCGAAGAAAGCGCAGUGUACAAGCACACCCUCAAGUUCCAGAAGCCAUCCACCAUAACUCGCGCCCCCAAAAUCUACAAUUCCGUCAGCUUCAUCGGAACGGCCGAUUUUCCUCUCACGCGAAUCAGCACUCGCGGCGGCGCCUCGUUUGGCCUGCAUACUUUUCUCAAUGUCUCAACCUCUUCUGCCUGUAAAAAUCCUUUCAAGAUUAAGCUGAAGAUGUGGGGUGAUGUGGCUGAACUUUCUUUGAAGCAUAUAAGACAGAACGAUUUGAUUUAUGUUUCGGGUAACUUAACAUCAUAUGUUAUGACUGGUCAUGAAGGAAAUCCGAGGUUAUUUCACGAGGUAAUCGUUAAAGAAAUUAAUUUUGUUGCUGGACAUAGUAAGGCUCCUACCUGCCGGGAGGGCAAGAAAGCAGAAUUAAGCGAUGAAGAUAGAGCAGAGAUGGACCGAAGGCGGCUUCAUUUAUGGCAAGUGUUCUUCAGCAGCCCAUGUGAGUGGUGGGACAACAGGGAGAAGAAGUUAAAUUCAAAAGCUCCAGAUUUUAAGCACAAGAACACCGGUGAAGCGCUAUGGCUCAAGCAGGACGAUCCGCCAUGGAUUAGAAGACAGCUUGAGUUGCUGGAUUCAACACCUGUUAGAAGAGAUUCAGGAAAUUCACAGGUUUCUCCAUUGACAUACGAUAUUUAGGUGUACAAAGGAUUGAAAAGAUGGGAUAUACUCCAUAUAUGGUUAAUCAAUCAUCCUCUACAUUUACAUAUGUGCAGGUUAUAUUUUUCUUUUACUUUUACAGGUUAUAAUUUUUUUAUAAGCACAUAUACAUUGUUUUUUUUAUUUAUUUAAAAUUACAAUCAACUGGGACAUGUAUU